AUGGACUCGAUCCACAAACCCCAGCGGCCCGGGGAUCAGCCUCGGAAGAAGAUCCGAAAAGGGACCCGCAGUUGCUGGCAAUGCAAACACCGCAAAGUCCGCUGCAAUUUUGCGUCUGAUAGCGACCAGAGCUGCAAAGAAUGUCUCGCUCGGGGACUUCCGUGUCGCAGCCAAGAAUUGCCGGAGCCCGAAAAACCCCGCGAGUCGGACCGCACAUAUCUGAACGAGCGAAUGGCUCGGGUAGAGGACCUGUUGGAGAAACUUCUGAUACGAGUCGACCGUGGGAAUCGGAAGCGGGACUCGAAAUCACCCAUAGAUUCAGCGGAAACCAGUCCCGUAUCGAGUUCGGGUCCCCCGACCGUGACACCAGCUCCGGACAGUGCUCUAGUUUUGUCUCUCUUUGACAACAACGCGAUAGGUUUCAAACGAUCAGACACCGCUGACAACGUUGCGCCCGAUUUUACACCAUAUGGCACGAUCAAUCGGGACUGGGGGAGACUGCGCCGCGAUCUGAUAGCCUUGAUACCCUCCCAGAAGACAUUGAAAAUCAUAUCGGAGGCUAGCAGUAGUUGGUGGCUUAUGCGCAUUCAGAUAUUCGAAGACUACGACAAAUCAUUGCUUUCGUCCUCGAUGGAUGAGCUUCGAACCGGCCACCCGUCUAUAAUUGGCAAGGCCAUCUUGUGGAUUACACUGUGUCUCCAACAACUCCCUUCAGGGUUUGAUUUGUCCUCUCUUGAUCUUCCCUCCCUCCCAUGGGUCCUAGUUCAAGAAUGCAUCACCCGUGUUUCCACGCUCGUCUGCUCUGAUGACUCUAUUGUCAGUUGUAUCGACGGGCUCGAGUGUUUGGUUCUUCUAGGGUUGAUCUAUAGCAAUGACGGGAAGCUACGAAGUGCAUGGCUUUCUUAUCGUCGGGCCGCAAACAUCGCUCAGUUAAUCGGGUUCCACCGUGCUGAACCAGCUCCCAAUGAAAGCGCCGAGUUUCAACAUCGGGCUACCUUCAUCUGGAGACACAUCCUCAUCGUUGACAGGCAUUUUUCACUGAUCCUUGGGGUACAUGGAGCUGUAUCCAAUACGGCAAUAGAUCUAUAUCAAUCCAACCCAAGCGACUCCAAAGCUUUGCCCGUUCACAAUGAAUCCGUUCUGAACCACCUUACUCGGAUAGCCGGAUUAAUCAUUGAGCGCAAUCAGACCUUCACAGAAGUCACUCCGGCCAUGCUGCAGAUGACAAAGAGCAUCGAUGUGAAACUUCAAGCGUCUGCUCCCCCUCCUUUGCGGUCACCCGACAAUGUUCCGCCAGGCAAGUGUGCCGAGCGGUCCUCUUGUUUCCUCGCGCUUCACUCUCGGUUUUGGUACUACCAGCUCCUGGCUUGGCUACACCUACCUCUCCUACUGUCGUCGGGCACUGACAACUUCUAUAAUUAUAAUCGGCAAACCUGUCUCCACGCCUGCCGCAACACCCUCGCUUGCUAUAUCAAUAUCCGACGCAUCCUUGAAAACGGGUUUGACUCGAAGAUUUUUGAUUUCCAAGCCUUCACUACGGCAAUGACAAUCAUUGUCAAUGCACUCGGGCCAUUUGGCCCGCAGGACUUUACCAAAGAAGAUUACCUCGCUCUUGACCAGGUUGAGGCUAUUCUAGAGCAACUAUCGAAGAGCGUUCCUCCGGACAAGAUUGCAACUCGAGCGUUGCAUGUUUUGAAGCUUAUCAAGGCAACAGGAAUGGGAACCGAACCCCCGCCACUUGACGAAUCAGAAGGACACCAAUACGAGAAUGGAAGGCCUACCCGCAUCAAGCUUGAUAUUCCCUAUUUCGGCACGAUAUACCUCGAACGUCGUACCACCCUCGAUCAAUCAUCUAAACAUAUUCCUGCUGUUACUGUACCGCCGCCAACUUUGCCCACCACCGCUCCUGGGCAAUACUACCCAGCGUCUUCAUCAUCAUCUUCUUCAUGGAUGGGCAUGAUCCCAGAUCGCAGUUAUGCAAGUGGGCAGGUUGGCCAAACAGCCCAAUGGGCGGAUCCCAACGUGGGCUUUGAUCCGCCCACCGAGUUUUGGGCUCUUAACUCUCAGUUCACGUUUCAGGCUCCGUUUUUGGCUGAUUAUGAUGUCAAUUGGGAUUAUUGGGAUAUGGGGUUAUGA